AUGUACUUGGAGUCAGGCGUUGGCGACCAGGACAUCUGCUACAGCAACGCCGACGAGCCAGUAACUGCAUUUAAAAAAAGCUUGCCACUCCGGAGCUUUUUGAAGCAGCUCGAUGAGGGCACUCCCAUAAAGCACUUUGCCGAUGCUUUUCCACCGCACGAAUUCCUUCUCAAUACCAAGGUUGCACUGAUGGAGCAAGUAGACCUACGCGCGUUGCAGGAUGCAUCCUUUUGCGGUCAGGGCCCAUGGGAUUGGAACAGCUGGCCAUUGCUGCCACCUUAUCUGCUGGCAAGCGAGGAUCUGCGGAAGCCCAUUGAUUGGACAAAGGCGCCUGAGUGUCUCAAGGGACUCGGAGGAUGGACGGUAGACAUUAAGCCGGGCCAAAUGCUGUUUAUGCCAUCCACGACCUGGCACUGGUUUUCUGCGGAGGAAGUCAGCUUUGCCUUUGUCCUACGGUGCCGCUCGUUCAGCUCCGUUCUGGGAAGCCUCAAGUUCUUUUGGGGCCCUCAAAGCCCCGCAGUUUUGUUGCCGGGUUACGGGGCAAUGUGGGCAAAGAUUCCGCCAGAUCUCCGUCAAAAAAUGAUCCGUUUUCGCUUUCUGCCUCCCGCCCUUGCCUCUCCAAUUUUUCGGGCAAGCAUUCUCAUCCUCGGCCUGCCAGUAUACCUCUGGCUGCUGGUGAGAUUUGGGAUGAGCUAUCUGCUGAUGAGCUGCACCAGCUCCAAGAAAGCACGGUUCUGCAGCAGCAAGACCAUAACUGCCGAUAAGAGAGGUGGUGCAGACUAG